AUGCAUACAGAGACGGAGCAGCCGCUCGGCGUGCUGGAGGAGCUUAGCAGCGAUGCGUCCUUUAUCUCGCGCGGACAAUCUACCGACGUGCGCAACACCAUUGAGCUACUCGGCCACGGCGACCAAAUUUCAGCCGUCGCAUCGAACCCCGCGGAUCCAAACAUUGUUGCUUCUGCGAGCAUCGACAAGACGGUAAGGCUAUGGGACUUGCGUGCACGGGGUGCCGUACGCAUUGUGCAAACGACAGGCAGCAAUAUCAAUUUGUCAUACAGCCCUAAUGGCCAGUACCUUGCAGUCGGCGACAAGACCGAAACUGUCUCGCUCAUCGACACCAUACAAGGCGCGCGGGUUCAAACGAUAAAAGACGGCAGUGUGGACCGCGAAGAAAUCAAUGAAAUGGUGUGGUCGCCCGAUGGCUCGCUCCUCCUCUUGCCCAUGGGCAGCGGCAAGAUCCAUUUUCUGCGCUUCCCCGACAUGAUCGACGAGGCCAGCGCUCAGACGCAAGGCCACGGCAUUAAUCCUGCGUGGAAGCAAGUGCUGCAGUACCCUGCGCAUCCUUCUGCCAUUUUUUGUAUACGAUGGGACCCAACGUCGCGUCUGGUCGCGACGGGCGCUGCCGACAGCACCGUCGCGCUGUGGGAUGCGGUGGAGUGGGUCUCGAAGCACGAUUUUUCUUCUUUGAAAUAUCCCGCACGCACACUCGACUUUUCCUACGACGGAGAAUGGCUUGCAACCGGCGGCGAAGACGCAACAGUGCAUCUUAUCCCCGUGAACGCAACGGUGAACUCACUUGCAUGGCAUCCUUCCAAGCUUUUGCUUGCAUACAGCGGCGUAGAAACGGGCGCACAGAGCACCGCGCCCGGCGCACCACCACGCACGACGCCCAUUUAUCUCUAUAGCGUACCGCCGUAG